ACUUAAAAAAAAGUAAAAAAAGACAAUGAACCAAUGGGAGUCUUAGCCGAGGAUUGUCUUUUAAUGCUCAAACCUCUUCACAUUCAUCAGUUUCUUCAGCUUUGCUCUCUAUAAAUUCAGAAGAAACCUCAAACAUCACCUAAGCGCUUCUGAAAGUAUAACCACAUAAACCUAAGUUAAAAUCUCAACAAUGGCGGGUUCCUUUACACACACUACCUCUACUUCUUCUGUACCAAAGAAGUCUCCAUCUCCUGAAUCAUCAAGCCAAAAGUCUCCACCACCACCUGAAUCAUCAAGCCAAAAGAAGAUUAUGAUCAAAGUCAAGAGCCAACAGGACGGAGGCGAGGAUCUCUACAAGAUUGGUGAGAAUGCACCUCUGAAGAAACUAAUGACUGCUUACUGCGUGAAGAAAAACUUAGAUCUCAGUACUGUCAGAUUCAUCUUUAAGAAAAAAGGACUCAAACCACGACAUACUCCUUCUCAGCUUAAGAUGGAAAAUAACGAUAUCAUUGAUACAGUCACGGAACAAGGCGGUGGCGGUCCUUACAACGCUUGAUGUCGCCUGAGUUUCAAGUCUCCACAACAAGAAACGGAUACUUAAGCUUUGUGCAAGACUUUUUACAUUCAGUUUCUAGUUGUUGCAUCUCAGGUCUAAAAGUUUGUUGUCCAGUUGAUUUUAAUUCGUAAUAUUAACAUAUCAUCGCUAUUAUCU